GUUGGAUGCAUGCUCAUGCAACCUUUUAUGGUGGAAGUGAUGCUUCUGGUACAAUGGGUGGAGCAUGUGGGUAUGGCGACCUCUACACGGAUGGUUACAAAACAAACACGGCGGCGCUAAGCACAGCACUGUUCAGCGACGGAAAAUCAUGCGGCGGUUGUUACCAAAUGGUGUGCGAUGCGACCAAAGUGCCACAGUGGUGUCUUAAAGGGAAAUGGAUAACAAUCACAGCUACUAACUUCUGUCCUCCCAACUACGCUUUACCAAACGAUGAUGGAGGUUGGUGUAAUCCUCCAAGACCUCACUUCGAUAUGGCUCAGCCUGCUUUUGAGACCAUCGCCAUUUACAGAGCUGGAAUCGUCCCUGUUCUCUAUAGAAAGGUCGGAUGUAGAAGAAGCGGAGGUAUGAGAUUCACGAUGAACGGUAGAGAUUACUUCGAGCUUGUCCUCAUCUCAAACGUAGGAGGUGCAGGUGAUCUGUCCCAAGUAUGGAUCAAAGGCUCUAAAAGUAACAAAUGGGAAACAAUGUCAAGAAACUGGGGAGCUAAUUGGCAAAGCCUUACUUACCUUAACGGACAAAGUCUCUCUUUCAAAAUCCAAGCUAGUAACGGUAAGAUCAAGACCGCACUUGACGUUGUUCCUUCAUACUGGCAGUUUGGUCAGAGCUUCAAGAGCAACAUUAACUUCUGA